AUGCCAGCUCUCAGACAAAAAGUGGCCCUCACAGCCCUCGCAGGCGUCGGCGCUCUCGUCGCAAUCAACACGCUCACGAAACCAUCGAAAACACAAUCGAUCGCCAAUGGCAUGAGGAGGCAGUUGGAUGAUUACAAUUCUGAUAUUCAUCCGGACUCCAACGAAGAGAGUCUCAAAGAUUCGAGAUUUGAUGGUGCGGCAUUGGGGGAUGCAGAGAGGAAGCCUUGA